AAGUCUAUUUACACAGUGGACGCUCUCCUACGUCUGGAAGGUAAUGAUAUAUGUAAAUCGACGUGCGUAAAGGGCUGCUACCCCUCGUCAAGCUACAUCCAUCGCCACUGCCGGUUGAGCGCGCGGAACUUUCGGAAAUUUCAGCAUGGCGACGCUGCGGAGCACCAAAAGCAACAUCGGCGCAAGUCGCUCCGACGACGGCGCCGGCUGUGCAGGCAAGCGGCGAACCGGAAGAAUCGAUCCGACGCUGAUGAUGAGCAGCCGGACCGAGGCAUUCGCAAAAGCUGGCCUAACCUCUCGGCGCUCUUGCGAUCGGCUGUCUCGCACUGGCUCGUCAGGCAGCCUUGCUGUGACCACUGCUACUUCUAGCAAAGGUUAUGGUCGGUCGAAGAGCUACACGCAGCUAGCGCAAGCCGCUGCGGUAGAACGAGGAAGCUCAAAGGCUAGUGCAAAGCGGCGUCAAGGCUCGAGCACCGCAUUAGCUCUACGUGCAUCCAACUCGAGGAUAAGGCUCGCAUCUGGCGUCAAUAAGGACAAACCUGAAAGAGAGCAAGACGAUGACGGCUGGGCUAGUGCAACCGAAGAAGGCAGCACCAACGCCAGUGCUGCAUCCUCUCCAGUCAAAGGAAGCGACGCAGACGACAGCGGAGAUGAGGACGCGCUCGUUGUCGGCAUCAAGAAGAAAGCACUACCCAAACAAAAGGAGAGUGGAUCGAGUGGUGGGGUGCCGCUUCCAGAGGCAUCUACCCUGCGGACCCCAAGAGCGGGCCCGCAGAAAUCAGAAGAGAGGGAUGAAGAUGUUCCUGCUCAUGAUCUCCGAAAUACGCAGAUAAUAGACCGAGCACCGAGCGAGCAAUCCCAGGACGGAUCAGAACGAACGCUGGCGGAAGAGCCAAGCGCUUUUCAAAAUGCGAUAAGCGAUGGUACCCACAGCGCCACUCCAGAAGCUGCGAAUCUGCCUGGUCUAAACACAGACAGCAACAUCAUUCCCGAGGAUCAGCAGCAACUCGCAUUUCCUUCCAGUCAAUCCGCAGGCAACCGCAAUAUCUCGUCUCCGGUGCAGGUGUCCAGCAACGACAGACAGCCCGGUGAGGAUGCACGGCGCGCAUCAUAUGCUGAGACUGAGGCAUCUCCCGCGGCAGCUUCGACCCACAGCCGCCUUUCUGUGCGCGCUCGGACUUCAAGUUUGCUGCCGAGGGACAGCGUGCACAUUGCUUCGCCAAAGCUCGAUAAACACAACGCUCUGGCUGGCACGCUUGGCAGCCUCUUGGAGGAUCGUCCAUAUCAAGGCGAUCGCUUAUUACGGAGGUCAGCUACAGAAGCCGUAUCAGAACUCUCCCGGCGAAACUCUACUGCGAGCUUGCAGCCGGUCUCCCCGAUGAGCAGCAGCGGCAACCGUGAUACCGAUAUCGGUUCCUUUGGAGAUCGAAAGCGCACCAUCAGCAGUCAGUCGCUCACAGCAACCGACGCCGCCAAGCUCGCGGCUCAGCUCCGGCGAGCCCGUGACCACCUCUCCGGCACCGGUGAAGAGGACAUACACAGCAGUUCCUCCCGCCGCGGACAUGCCACGUCCUCACUGGGAAAGCUUCCCGAAUUUCGGGCCGAAAAGCCCAUAAGUUCGACAUUUGCCAAGACGCGCACGAAUGAGGCACAGCAGGAGGCGUUCGUGCAACCCGUCGGCUCUGGCUCGAUCUUUUCCGAGGGUUGGACUCAUGCGAAGAAAAUGGGUGCGCAGACUUCGCUUCAAGCACAGUCCAACGUCAAGAAGAUUCGCUAUGUCCUGCCGUAUGGCUUGAGCGGCCCGCCGAUUGAGAAUAAUUCACUCAAUUCAGCGUUGCUCUCACCAGCAUUCGAGGAAAAUGAGUUCGAGUCGAGCUGGGCUCCCGCGUUGGCGAAUGCCGCAGGACUUGGAUCUCGAUCGUCGAGAGGCACGCACAUGCACGGAGAGCUGGCAGCAGAUGGCAUACCGGUAGGUGACAUUUUCGACCUCGAUGGCAAUGCCAUGGUCAAUGGCCCCAACGCCACGCCUUUGCACAUCAUUCAUGGCCUUACCUCCAUUUCCAACGAGCCAUUUCCUCUCGAGGCCACAGAUCUGGCAGCAGGAAGCGACAUUCCAGCAGGUCACACAAUGCUCAUAAAACCUUCCACCAUGCGAGCGAUCGCUCUUACUGUACAGGCUCAAUCUGUGCAGCGGCAACAUACAGUUACUCGGAGGUUCGCCGAUCCGAUGCGCAACUCUUUGGAGCGGGUCGCCAGGGCGUCAGGCCGUCUCGGCGCAGUACCGCGCUCCACCGCGUCUUCAUCCAAGGCGACCGGCCGAUGGGCUCGCUCGCCGAUGUCGCAGCCAAGCACACCUGGUAUACCCAGCUGCAGGAAAUCGGCGCCAAACAGCCCUACUUUCCCGGACCCUGACUUUUCCCGGAAUCCUGGGACAUCUCGUGUGGGGGGCCCAGGUGACGGGAUCGGAGGGCACGCUCAGCAGUCCUAUGCUGCCCAGCUUGUCGACGCUGCUGAACAUCCAGUACGAUCGCUCAAGCGAGUUUGGUCGGGCGGAUUAGCGCGAGGAGGGCUUGCUGCUCUCACUAGCACAGCCGAAGAGCCUUCAUGAGACCAGAUCAGCGCCUCGCCCACUCUUCCGCUAUUCUUCAUAUCCAAUCGAUGUCUAAAUGUAUUCUUUGCAUUUGAAUUGUCUGUCAUGCUCC